CUCCGCCUGCGGUAGAAGUGCUGAGGCUAGGGUAGCCACCAUUUUGAAUGUCUGGUCUGUUCCUCCCUCCGUCGCAAAUAGAGAAGAUUCCAGUAAUUUUCUGGUAUCAUUACGGCUAAGGAUGCCAGCUCCGAUCAGACUGCGGGAGCUGAUCCGGACCAUCCGGACGGCCCGGACCCAAGCCGAGGAGCGCGAGAUGAUCCAGAAGGAGUGUGCUGCCAUCCGCUCGUCCUUCAGAGAGGAGGACAACACCUACCGCUGUCGAAACGUGGCCAAGCUGCUCUACAUGCACAUGCUGGGCUACCCGGCGCACUUUGGGCAGCUGGAGUGCCUGAAAUUGAUUGCGUCCCAGAAGUUCACCGACAAGAGGAUAGGGUACUUGGGAGCCAUGUUGCUGUUGGACGAGAGGCAGGAUGUCCAUCUACUCAUGACGAACUGCAUCAAGAAUGACCUGAACCACAGCACACAGUACGUCCAGGGCCUGGCCCUGUGCACGCUGGGCUGCAUGGGCUCCUCUGAGAUGUGUCGCGACCUGGCUGGGGAGGUGGAGAAGCUGCUCAAAACAUCCAACUCCUACCUGAGGAAAAAGGCGGCACUGUGUGCGGUCCACGUCAUCAGGAAGGUCCCAGAGCUGAUGGAGAUGUUCCUCCCGGCCACAAAAAACCUGCUGAGCGAGAAGAACCAUGGUGUUCUCCACACAUCAGUGGUCCUCCUCACUGAGAUGUGUGAAAGAAGCCCUGACAUGCUGUCGCACUUCCGAAAGAAUGAGAAGUUGGUUCCACAGCUGGUGAGAAUCCUGAAGAACCUGAUCAUGUCGGGAUACUCGCCCGAGCAUGACGUGUCGGGUAUCAGUGACCCCUUUCUGCAGGUGCGGAUAUUGAGACUAUUGCGAAUCCUUGGCAGGAGCGACGAUGACUCGAGUGAAGCGAUGAAUGACAUUCUUGCACAGGUUGCAACCAACACAGAAACAAGUAAAAAUGUAGGCAAUGCAAUCCUUUAUGAGACAGUACUGACCAUCAUGGACAUCAAAUCAGAAAGUGGACUCAGGGUGUUGGCCAUCAACAUUCUGGGACGCUUCCUCCUCAACAAUGACAAAAACAUCAGAUACGUGGCUUUGACAUCCUUGCUGAAGACUGUACAAACGGACCACAAUGCAGUGCAGAGGCAUCGGAGCACCAUCGUGGACUGUUUGAAAGACCUGGACGUGUCCAUCAAGAGGCGCGCGAUGGAGCUGAGUUUCGCCCUGGUGAACGGGAACAAUAUCCGAGGCAUGAUGAAGGAGCUGCUGUACUUCCUGGACUCCUGCGAUCCAGACUUUAAAGCAGACUGUGCGUCCGGAGUCUUCCUGGCUGCAGAGAAGUAUGCGCCCUCAAAGAGAUGGCACAUCGACACGAUAAUGAGAGUCUUGACAACGGCGGGGAGCUACGUGAGGGACGACUCGGUCCCCAACCUGAUCCAGCUCAUCACCAACAGCGUGGAGAUGCACGCCUACACCGUGCAGAGACUCUACAAAGCCCUGCUGGAUGACAUCUCCCAGCAACCUCUGGUGCAGGUGUCGUCCUGGUGCAUCGGCGAGUACGGAGACCUCCUGGUGUCUGGCCAGUGUGAGGAGGAGGAGCCCAUCCAGGUGACUGAGGAUGAGGUCCUCGAUGUCCUGGAAGGUCUUCUAGUGUCCAACAUGUCUACCCCUGUAACCCGGGGUUACUCCCUCACUGCUAUCAUGAAGCUGUCCACCCGUUUCACCGGUGUCAACCGAAUCAAGAAGGUGGUGUCAAUAUACGGCAGCAGCAUUGACGUGGAGCUGCAGCAGAGAGCUGUAGAGUACAACGCCCUUUUCAAGAAGUACGACCACAUGAGGCCGGCCUUACUGGAGCGAAUGCCCAUCAUGGAGAAGACUGCCUCCAAUGGCCCCACAGAGAUCGUCCAGACCAAUGGCGAAACGGAGCCCUCAGUUCUCGACACGAAACACCCGCCCCCUGUCAUUCAACCAGCCAAUCAGGCGAAUGACCUGUUGGACCUCCUGGGGGGUAACGACGUGGUACCUGUGAUCCAGACCAGCCUGCCCACCAAGCCUGCCUCCGCUGGGGGAGAGCUGCUGGACCUGCUGGGGGACCUCUCUCUCACUGGUGGUCCUGCCCCCGUCCCCUCUGUGCCUGUCUCCCAGCCCCCCUUCCUCCUGGAUGGCCUGUCCUCACAGCCCCUGUUCAAUGACAUGGCCUCAGGCAUCCCCCCCAUGACGGCGUACAACAAGAAUGGGCUGAAGAUCGAGUUCACCUUCGAGAGGUCCAACCCCAACCCCAAUAUAGCAGUCAUCACCAUCCACGCUUCCAACACCACCGAGGCCGACAUGACAGAGUUUGUUUUCCAGGCUGCAGUACCAAAGACAUUCCAGCUGCAGCUCUUGUCCCCGAGCAGUAACGUGGUCCCCGCUCUCAACCAGGGCAGUGUCACACAGGUCAUCCGAGUCCUCAACCCCCAGAAGCAACAACUGCGAAUGAGGGUGAAGCUGACCUACACCCACAGAGGCGCUGCUGUCCAGGACCUGGCCGAGGUCAACAACUUCCCCCCUCAGUCCUGGCAGUGAGGGGCGCUGCCGCGUCGCCCUUAAAGACCCCCGCCACGGGAACUAUGGGAACGAUUCUCCCCCGAGCCUCCUCUUUCUCUCCCCCUCCUCCCCUCAACUGACCCCCCCCCCUGUGUCAUCACACAUCACUGCAGACUGCUGCCCUGGGGUUGCAUGGGAAACAGCAGAACUUCUUAAGACGCACGCCCACACACCACACACGCACACACAAGCGCGCUCACAGAGAAAAGAAAAAGAAAAAAAAAAGAUGGUAUGAACACCAUGAUGUCGACAACAUUGAUGGCAAUGACUAUAUUGACGUCACCUGGGGAAAAAAAAGAAUAAUCUGAAAACAUAUCCAUGUACUAACCCUCUCUCUUCUUCUUGAUUGGUUUCACUUUGAUCGGCUUUGCAGUUGGCACUAUUCCGCCCCCCCCCCCCCCCUCUUCCACCUCAGCACACGUAGACUCACCAUGCACUUGCUGUGGUACCGUACCCCCAGCCCCCUCUGUAAACCAGCAUACUACAGAGAAGCGUCUGAGCACUCUUUUAAUCCAUCAGGUUUACCUUUUAAUUCCUGUUUUCAAUUUUGAACGUUCAUUUACACACGGGUAAUUUCUUCUGUCUGAAUGAGAUGCAAAUAAACCUCCCGCUAUUUGUACACUCUCCAUUCAUGGCUCCACAAAGGACCUUUUUCAAAUUCUACGAGAGAAAUUUUGUAAUCAAGAUUGUAGGACAUGGUUCUGUUAAGAGAUCCAAGUCGAAGACCUUUCAAACAUCCAGCGCUCUCACGAACAUUGUAGAAAGACCUGUUUAAAUCUUCUAUCUCAUCUCUUUAAGUGAUCAAGCGAGCUAAAUUCUCGUUUCCCUCGCUUCAUUUUGCUUGGGUCAAAUUCCAUCCAGCAGCUUUUUACUACCGGUAGUCAUGUCAGAAAAUGGAACACCUGGUACCAUGAUAUCUCUUUAGGGUUAUCGUGUAGAGUAUGCUUCGCUUGUCCUGGUUAUCGUUUUGUGUGUCUUAGUUUUGUGUGCUCUCCACCGGUUACCAAGAGCUGGUCUUGUUGAGGUUGGAGAUUUCGGCUCGGCUUGGCACUAUGUGCUUUUAUUGCACUAAAUUCAAUUUCCUAUACAGAAUCUUCCUGAUGUUUCUCACUGAAUAUUGACUCUGGAAAUAGCAUUUGAUUGCUUUGAAAAGUUUGGGGAAUGAUGUCAGAUAUAUCUGCAAAGACCUGAGUGUUGGCAGAUUUUUCAGGUCUUGUUAAUGGAGUUAACAUAAAAUGGUGACAUUUUAGACAUUUGCAUUCAACAUCUGAAUGAGCAUACGGUGUCGAUGCAUACAGGUAACAGUAACUACACGUAUUUGAAAUUCACAGUUUAGGAUCAAUAUUGGCCCCUCGUUGAGUUGAUUUAACCUGGCUGGAUGUAGCCAGCUUUUCCACCAUGCACGUACAUAAAUGAAGUCUAUUUUGAAUGUAGUUAUAUGCACUGAAUGCUAUUUUUUUUUUCUCUGUCUUGUUUUUGUGGCGCUUCUCUUUUUGUGAAGAAGGCAGCCAUCUUGUUGGCACAAAUUGUGAUGGCGUUAUUUUAGUUGUUUCUGCAGUGAUUUGACUCAAAGCAGUAAUGCCUAAUAUCAAAUUGAUGUGCCUUUUUUUUGACGUGACUAAAUAGGAAUCCCCCCCCCCCCAAGCCGUGUUCCACACUGAGAGUCGGGUUGGGUAUGUGUCACUGUAUUGAGGGGCUUAUCGUGUGUGUUCAUACCUGGGCAGGCAAGAGGAGGGAGGUGAAGGACGUGACCUUUUUGUUUUUAGAGACAUUUCACCUUGGAGAUCCCAUUGUUUCCGGUGGAGUCGAUCCAGUAGGGAUGUGAGUGGAGUCUGUUUGGUGACGGAGGGUAGGAUUCCUCGGCUGUCGUGCUUCUUCAAAUCAGAAUGCCGGACGAGCUGUCGGAAAACACGAACCUGAAUACCUCACAAUGUUCUCUUUCUGUUUGCUAUAAACAGCUGGAUAGAUUGACGGCUGUUUUGAGUCUUAUUUUAUCUGCAAUCGGUGUGCGUGUGUGUGUGGGGGGGGGGCGGCCUAGUUAAUCCAUCACAUUACUAACCAUUUAAUUAGCCCUGUGAUGACGAAUGUGUGUUCAGAAGUUCAAUCAGACUAUGUACUGACUAAUAUUCACUAUGCUACACUAUCUAACUUGUAUUACCAAAUCAGAGAUGCUAUUUAGCUUUGGAAAUAUUUUUUGAGCCAUGGUCUGUGUAUAUGGAGAAAAUGAUUUAAUUAUUAGUUCUGUCUGUUUUGGGCUGAAUGCUACAUUGGCUUGAUCUGUAUAUACUGAGGGCUUUCAAUCCUUCAUCCUAUUUUUCUUUCCCUUUUAGAUACCAACCAUUUUCUAAGACUUACGAUUACUCACAUUUGUAUAUUGUCUGAUUUAAAUGGGAGUCCGUCUAAUCGACGUGGCCCUCCAUUGUCAUCACUCAUUGCAAAAGAUGUGUUAUCUGCUGCCUGUACAUUGUAUAUAAUUGUAAAACAAACAACUCGAUCAAAUGAAAUAAAAACCCAUUUGAAGACCUAUGAAGAUUAGCUAGGGACUAUAAUUGUAAACAUAUAUGUAAAAACAAAAUGGUUGUAUCCUUUUCUUUUUUUUGUUUGCUGAUUGUGGUGGAGUUAGCAGGCUGCUAUUGGGUUCUUUAAGUUUGAUGUUGGGGGCUUGGCUGGGGUCUAGGAAUGACAGCGUGAUGUACUACUGAUAACUGGGCAGAGCAAGGGGCCAGUUGGCACCUGGUGGUUUCCUGUAAGAGCCCCAUCUGGCUCAUGUGUGACUUUAAAGAGGAAGGAGCGAACUCUUGGACGGAUGUCGUGGCUCCACCCCAAGGCCUUUGCGUGUUACUGUUCUGCUCUUUCCAGCUAAAGUGAUUGGAUAUAAUAAAGCACUGUCAGACAUGCAAACUCAUGGUUUGAUGACCUAACUACGUUGCACAUAGUCCUUGGUUUCCAGUGAUUCUCAUUCUCUUUCAGUCUCUUAUCUCUGGUGUCCCCCCCCCCCCCCCCCUUUUUAAUUGUAUAGAUACUUCUACUUAUUUAGACACAGGACCUCCCAAGUGACUUGUAUUGGACUUCAGAGACAGGUACCCUGGGCAGUUCCCCUGUAGUGUAGUGGGAGGGACCUUUCACCCUCUGAUUCUGUCAUGUUGUGGAUCCCAGGUGAAGGGGGAUCAAUCUCCCUCCCUGCUUGUUGCAGGCAGGGAGCUAUGUGGUCCUCGUGGGGUUUUCCGAUGUGAGGCAAGCGGGUACCGGGCCUCCUCCCCUGGGGUAGACACGUCCAAGGCGAUCUCAUUCUCUCAUUACACACCUGUCACUAUUGUGGAUACUGUUCAUCCGCUAGUCCCAUGUGUCGGUAAAAGAUGCAGAUGUACAGGCAGACGAGUCUGCUGAAGAGAGGUUGAUAUCGGCAGCUUCAGGCUUCGUCCAAUGUUGUCUUCCCAUUCUGCCCCCCUGUUAUUGCCCUUGGUUUGUCUGUAGGUUUGUGCAGAACUUUGAUUUAAGUAAUGCGGUGCUGCUUUACCUGUCCUUGAGUUACAAAAAGAAAACACAAACGUUGCACUUGGCUAAAGCUGCAUGUUACCUGUACUUAAAGAUGAUAUCCACAGGGGGGAGCUAUUGAGAAUAUAAGGCUAGUGCAGCCUGCCUUAUAUCCUGCCUUGUUUUAUUGGUUCUGUUCAAUUUUGCACCCCUGUCAGUCACGUUUGAUCAGUAAUGCUUUUAAGGAUGCAGUGCUCCUUCCUGUUUUUAAGUGUAAAAUGUUAAUGAAGUUUACCCAACUGGAGUUGUUUGGCCACUGCAACUUGAAACUAAAUCUUAAAUGGACAGAUUGAUUCCUUGGAAAUACGAGCAUUUUUGAAGUUUUGUUUGAUUAAUCAGCCAGUAUCCUUGUGUGUGUGUGUGUGUGUGUGUGUGUGUGUGUGUGUGUGUGUGUGUGUGUGUAAAUAUAUAUCUGUGUAUGUAUGUGUGGGAUUGUCUGUGUGUUAGCAUGUCUUACUCCACUCACCUGGUAGGACAUGAUUUUGGCUGCAAUGAUUUCAAUUCUCAGCUACUGAGCUGCAUGUGAGAACCAAUGUAAAUAAUGUCAUUUCUACUCUUUACUUAAUCCUCUUUUUGAAAUGCGAGAAAAGUUCAGAUUCAACAAAAUCACCCUUUGGGCUGGAGCAGACAUUUACAUUUGGAAAUGAAUUGUUUAGGACACCAUUUUUUUUUUUUCCUUUUUUCCCCCUUUUGUGAGGGUGGGGUGGGGGGUGGUAAGUGCACAUCACUCAUUUGGGUGUAAUUGCCAUUGACUUAUAUUUGGUCACGUGAAUUCACUGUGUGAAGGGCUUAGUGGAGCAACUGACUUGUCAUCAAUUUCCCUUUUCCUGUGAAGUUGAAAAAGACAUCAUUCCACUUUUGAAAAAGGAUAUCCAGAUGUAAGCCCCAAAUAUAACUUGAAUAUACAACAAUAACAAUAAACAUGCCAUCUGAUGUGAGAUGGGGGGAGGGGGGGGGGGGGGGGGG